AUGCCGGUUGCGCUGCGUAAACGCGUUCUGGUCACGGGAGGCGCUGGCUUCCUGGGCUCGCAUCUCUGCGAACGGCUUCUAACCGAUGGCUGCGAGGUGCUUUGCGUUGACAACUUCUUCACGGGGCGCCGUGAGAACAUCGCUCAUCUGAUGUCGGCGCCCUACUUCGAGAUGUUGCGUCACGACGUGACCUUCCCUCUCUAUGUGGAGGUCGACGAGAUCUACAAUCUCGCCUGCCCGGCCUCGCCGAUCCACUAUCAGUUCGAUCCGGUGCAGACCACAAAGACCAGUGUGCACGGGGCGAUCAACAUGCUGGGUCUGGCGAAGCGGGUGAAAGCGAAGAUUCUUCAGGCUUCGACGUCCGAGGUUUACGGCGAUCCGCAACUCCACCCCCAGCCCGAGAGCUAUCGCGGCAGCGUCAAUCCCGUCGGCCCCCGGGCCUGCUACGACGAAGGUAAGCGCUGCGCCGAGACACUCUUCUUCGACUACUAUCGCCAGCACAAUCUCAACAUUCGGGUUGCCCGGAUCUUCAACACCUACGGUCCGCGGAUGCUGCCGAAUGACGGUCGCGUCGUCUCGAACUUCAUCGUUCAGGCCUUGAAGGGCGAGAACAUCACCGUCUAUGGCGACGGGUCCCAGACCCGCUCUUUCUGCUACGUGAGCGAUCUUGUGGACGGUCUUGUGCGUCUCAUGAAUGCACCGGAUGAGGUAACUGGCCCCGUCAACAUCGGCAAUCCUCGGGAAAUGACGAUUCUCGAACUGGCUCAGCGGGUGAUUGAUUUGACGGGGUCGUCGAGCGAGGUUGUUCUGCGUCCCUUGCCGCAAGACGAUCCCCUGCAGCGGCAACCGGAUAUCACCCUUGCCAAGAGUGCACUUGGCUGGAAGCCGACGAUCGAAUUGGAGACGGGCCUAGAGUCGACCGUCGCCUACUUCCGCGAUCUUCUGGCGGUCGAGCUUGCCGAGGCUCAUCCGAUGGCCGAAGUCGCCGAGUAG